UUUCUGCUCGGUGAUUGGCGUGAUUUGAAAAACUAGUCAUACUAAAGGCGGAGGGAAGAUUUGAACUAAAAGGAAGAAAAGAGCCGGGGGAAAUAGGAUUUGCGUUAGCAAAACAACACAACAGUUGAAAAUGAGUAGGCCUAUGAGACCAAAACAUCCACGAAAACCUGCCCCGAAGAAACCGUCCAGCAAUCAAAAAGACCCUGUUGGCGUGUACUGCCGUGUUCGACCGCUUAGCACCGAGGAUGGAGAGUGCUGUAUCGAAGUUAUCAGCAGCAGCACCAUUCAGCUACACGCACCCGAUGGUCUCAAAGCCAACCGCAAUGGAGAAUUUAAAGAGACUCAGUACACAUUCAAGAAAGUGUUUGGCCUGAAAACAUCCCAAAUCGAGUUGUUUGAGGAUGUGGCUAAACCACUUGUUGAUGACCUCCUUCGCUGUAAAAAUGGUUUGCUGUUCACUUAUGGUGUCACGGGCAGUGGCAAAACCUUCACCAUGACGGGCUCUGCAGGGCAGGGUGGGCUUCUGCCUCGCUCUCUAGACAUGCUGUUUAACAGCAUAGGCCCUUACCAGGCCAAGAGAUUUGUGUUCAAGCCCGACGAUAAAAAUGGCAUGGAGGUCCAAAAUCAGGUUGAUGCUCUACUGGACAGACAGAAGAGAGAGAGCCAGCAGUCUGUGCCAAAAACUCCCUCCUCCAGGCAAAGGCUUGACCCGGAGUUUGCUGACAUGAUCAACCCACAGGAGGCGUGCAGGGCUGAGGGAGUAGACGAGGACAGCAGCUACAGUGUUUUUGUGUCUUACAUAGAAAUCUACAAUAACUAUAUCUAUGAUCUCCUGGAAGAGGUCCAAUUUGACCCCAUCAAGCCAAAACCACCACAGUCUAAAAUCCUGCGUGAGGACCAGAAUCACAAUAUGUACGUUGCUGGGUGCACAGAGGUUGAGGUCAAGUCAACAGAAGAGGCCUUUGAGGUUUUCUGGCGAGGUCAGAAGAAACGGAGGAUUGCCAACACCCAGCUGAACCGCGAGUCCAGCCGCUCGCACAGCGUUUUCAUCAUAAAGCUGGCGCAGGCUCCCCUGGACGCCGACGGGGACAAUAUCCUUCAGGAUAAGGACCAGGUGAACGUGAGCCAGCUGUGCCUGGUGGACCUGGCGGGGAGCGAGCGCACCAGCAGGACCCAGGCCCAGGGCAGUCGCCUCCGAGAAGCAGGCAACAUCAAUCAAUCCCUGAUGACACUGCGCACAUGCAUCGAGGUCCUUCGUGAGAAUCAGAUGUGCGGUACAAACAAGAUGGUUCCAUACAGAGACUCUAAAAUUACUCAUCUGUUCAAGAAUUAUUUUGAUGGGGAAGGCAAGGUUCGCAUGGUCGUAUGUGUGAACCCAAAAGCAGACGACUAUGAAGAAACCUUGCUGGUGAUGCGCUUUGCAGAGAUGACCCAGGAGGUGGAGGUGGCGCGGCCGGAGGACCGGCCCAUAUGCGGCUUCACUGCGGGCCGCCGGCACCGCAACCAGGCCUUCAAGGAGGAGCUGACUCGGCAACUGCAGGAGCGGGGCGGCCCUGUGAACGGAGAACACCCCUCAGUCCUCACUCAACUCAUGCACAGCUUCCCCCCGCUGCCCCCCUGCGAGAUCACCGACCCCACGGACGACCACACCCUGCCCCGCCUCAUCCAGGUGCUGGAGAAGAGGUACAGCAUCCGCAAAAUGAUGGUGGAGGAGUACAACAAAGCCGCCAACAUGCUGAAAUCGAUGCUGAAGGAUUUUGACGGCAGCCUCGUCUCCAAGGAGAAUUUCAUCCAAGAGCAGAGAGGGAAGCUGGGACAGAAGGACAGCGUCAUCUCCUCCCAGAAGGCUGAGGUGGAUCGUCUGGAGAAGAAGGUCAAAAUGCUGGAGUACAAGAUCGACAUCCUGCAGAAAACCACCAACAUCUACGAGGAGGACAAGCGCACGCUGCAGCAGGAGCUGGAGAGCCGGGACAUGAAGCUGCAGAGGGAGAUGUCCGAUAAGAGGCGCAUGGAGGCGCGGCUGCAGGGCGUGGUCUCCGACACCAAGCACAAGUGGGAGAAAGAAUGCGAACGGCGGGUGAACGCCAAGCAGCUGGAGAUGCAGAACAGGCUGUGGGUGAAGGACGAGAAGCUCAAGCAGCUGACGGCCAUCGUCACGGAGACCAAGAGCGACUGGCCCGACCAGGAGAAGCCCCAGCGCCCGUCCCGGCAGAAGGACCGGGGGCCCCUGAAGAGAUCGGCCUCGCCCUCUCCCGUGCCCACCGGGCUGCCGGUUCGGCAGCUGCACAGACGCUCGCGCUCGGCGGGUGGGGAGAAAUGGGUAGCUCACAAACCGGCGAACGGUCUGGAGUUAGACACGGUCAUGCAGCCUCACAUUCCCAAUGCCAUUACGGUGUCCGUGCCCAACGAGAACGUGCUGUCCAAAUGCGACAAGUACGUGCUGACUCACCAGGAGGUGGCGUCCGACGGGGAGGUUCAGACAAAACUCUUCAAGGGCGAAGUGUACAAAACGCGGAGCGGAGGCCAGGCGGUGGAGUUCACCGAUAUUGAAACGCUGAGGCAGCAGUGCCCCACGGCCCCCAGUAGAAAGAGGAGGUCAUCUGAAAGCAGCCCUUCGCAGCAGGAGGGAAACGUGGAGACCAGAUGCUCUGUGGCCAUCCAGAUGAGGCCUGCAGGACCAGUGUACCAGCAGCCUGGCUAUCAGAAACGCAGAAAGCCCUCCGAUCAGUAGCUGUGCUGCCACGAUGGACGCAGAGCAGCGUGAGCCUAUUGGGUGUGCACUUUGCUGUCGAACGUACACUUCGCUUUUGUGCAAUAGCGUAAAAUGAUUUUUCCCCCCACACUACUCUCCUUCACCUUGAGCUUCAAACUUCAUCUUUUAUAUAUUAUAUUGUAUUAAUUGAUAAUAGGUUUUCUGUGGGCCUCUAUAUUUGUUACAUUGACAUAAAAAAGACAGUUGUAUGCCAAUCUGUCUUUAUUCUACAAAAAAAGGAGUGACUGUCGGUUGACUACUUUGUAAUCUAGCUGCUGCCUAUAUAACUUUUUAAUAUACCAAUCUGUAGUCCCGAUAAAAUUAAGCCAAUUUCCACUUUUCUGUUGUCUAUACAUGGGCUUCUUAGACAAUCAAGGCAUUUGUUAGGAUUUAAAGGACACUAAAUACCGUUCCCUGGAAAUCCUCAGUAUUUAUGACUAUUUAAGUGUUGUGUCUAAACGGAGCCUGAUUUUAUUUUUUUAAAUGAUAAAAAGCCGACAGAUGUGGAAAUAAACCACAGCAGAAGGGUGUAGUGAGCAUGAACACUGUCACUGGGCCCUGCAAUGAUGUAUGUAUCUUUGGGUCAUCCUACCAAACCCGGUGACUAGGUGUUACUUGCACCUUAGUUAAUCUCAGGAAGUAGUUCCACCCAAUGUUCUGUUGAUUUGUCCUCUGAUUUCUUCUUAACUUAUGCCACAGAUUCUCUGUUCUUCCCCAAAGGUUGUAAAGUGCAGCAGCUUAACAUUUUGUGCACUUUUAUUACAGUUUUGUAUCCGCUUGUAUAUGGUGAUACUUAGUUCUUAGACUUCUGCUCUGCAUUAUUCCCACUGAAGAUAUACAGCUGUGAAUAAAUAUCAUUCAAGAA